CGGGCCGAGCGGCGCGGAGGUGGGGCCGCGGGCGGCGAGCGGGCGGGGGCUGCAGCUGCCUCCGGCGUCUCGGGGACUCCAGGCUGCGGGGCGGACGCAGCGCCAAGCGAUCCACCGCGGAGCCGCACGAGGCCGCCCGAGCCCCGAGCUCCGAGCCCGGAUCCCCGGGGAGCGUCGCCGCCGCCCCGCGCUCGCCCUCGGGUCCCCACACACGCGCCGCCGCCCGCCGCCACCCAGGAGGCAACCACCGUCCGCAAGUUGCGAGAGCUCCCGGGAAACUUUCCCCCCCGCCCCGGCGGGACUUGGUGCGGGGUCGGGCCGCCGCCGCUGGAAGCUUCUUGCUGGGGAGAUAGGCUUCAGAGCCAAGGCAAACAGCUCUGUGGCCACAGCCUGCUCUUCUGGUGCUGAGGGCUCUGGUCUGAGAUGGGGGAGAAUUCCGAGUCCACUUCAGGAGCAGGCACAGUGGAUAAAGGUGGGCAUCUCCUGGACAGUCCCAAGCUCACCGUGGUGAGAUUUUCUGACGCUUUCAGUGAUGCAGCCUGAAUCCUCUGGAUUUAGCUUCUAGAAACACAGAGCAACACUUCUCAAGGCUUCCCCAUCCAGCUGCCCAGGACAAGCUGGACUGGUAAAAGAACGACAACAAGGUGCUCUGACCAGGAGGAAACUGUCCUGCUGACGUGUCAGGAGCUGCCCAGGUGGAGCACCAUGGAAGGCGACUGUCUGAGCUGCAUGAAGUACCUCAUGUUCGUGUUCAAUUUCUUCAUCUUUCUGGGAGGGGCCUUCCUUCUGGGCCUCGGCAUCUGGGUCCUGGUGGACCCCACGGGCUUCCGGGAGAUCGUGGUCUCCAACCCACUGCUCAUCACGGGCGCCUACGUCCUGCUGGCCAUGGGCGGCCUGCUCUUCCUUCUGGGCUUCCUGGGCUGCUGCGGGGCCGUCCGUGAGAACAAGUGUCUGCUGCUCUUUUUCUUCCUCCUCAUCCUCCUCAUCUUCUUGGCUGAGCUCUCUGCCGCCAUCCUGGCCUUCAUCUUCAGGGAAAAUCUCACCCGCGAGUUCUUCACCAAGGAGCUCACCAAGCAUUACCAGGGCAACAACAACACCGAUGUCUUCACAGCCACCUGGAACUCAGUCAUGAUCACAUUUGGCUGCUGCGGGGUGAAUGGGCCCGAAGACUUCCAGUUCGCGUCUGUCUUCCGACUCCUGAUGCUGGACAGUGAUGAGGUGCCAGAGGCCUGCUGCAGGAGGGAGCCCCAGGCUCGGGAUGGGGUGCUGCUGAGCCGUGAAGAGUGCCUCCUGGGGCGGGACCCCUUCCUCAACAAGCAGGGCUGCUACACUGUGAUCCUCAAUGCCUUCGAGACCUACGUCUACCUGGCUGGAGCCCUCGCCAUCGGGGUGCUGGCCAUCGAGCUCUUCGCCAUGAUCUUUGCCAUGUGCCUCUUCCGGGGCAUCCAGUAAACCCACAGCCUGGGGUGCCUCGCCAGGCACUCAGCACCCACCGCCUCCCCUCCCCGCACCCUGGCCCCAGGAGGCUGCCAUGAGGGGCAGGGCCAAAUAGCUAUUUUUCUAACAGAACUAAAUCAACUUUGGAAUAGGGCCUGAACUUGUCGCACGGGUCCCAGCCUGCAAAACCGGGGUGCAGGGUGUGCUACAGCCCCUAGGAGCAGGGCCACAGGUCCCUUCACUGUCCCCUGGCGGCCUGGCCUAAGCCCUCUCCUCGUGGUCUCGGGACUAGCAGCUGAAUAGCAGGGAAUGAGGCACCAAGGAGGCAAAGGUGCCCCCGAAGGUAUCACAGCCAGGGAGACGCAGCCACUCACUAUAGGACUGAGGGCCCACAAGCGCCCCCUCGUGGUCAGAGGAUGGUCCAGCACCGAGCCCGGAGUGCCUGCAAGCAAACCUGUUGAUCCCAGAGUCAUCUGGAAGACCCAGAGGGACAAGGUCUCUCUCAGCCACACAGCAAGUCAGGACACCUGAGCAGAAACUGGGCCAUCCCCAGGUUGCCGGCCACUGCAUCUUAGGGACCAGAGGGCUGACCACUGGGGAACUGUCUUUUCUCAACUACACAGUGAAGAAAAUUCUGGAGUCUGUUUCCCGUCCACACACCUAAGCCCCCAGGAAUCACCCACACGUACACUCGCAUUCCCUGUCUAUACUGCCUGCAGGCCUUGCCAUGAGCCUGGCCCCUUCUCUGCUCCCCAAUAAUCACCCCCAGGGGCCCAGAGCUGGGAAGAUUCCCAGGCUCACCUGGCCCCUCCCAUCACCCCCACCCUAGAACUGAAGCCUGGAUAUCUUCCGCCAAGAUCCUUACCCAGCCUUCUAUGCUGUCUUCUUGCACACCUGCAGGGACGGGCAGCUCACUACCUCCCAAGGCUGCCUCCAGCCUCUGGACCUAACUCUAACAUCAGCUGGCACUCAGCCACACAGGCAGGGCAUCUGCUUUCUGUGGUUCCUGUCACAGCCUCCCUCUGGUUCUCUCUCCUUCCAGAAGCAUUCAGGCCCACACAGUCUCCUGGAACCUGCCUGUCCCCAGGUUCCAAAAUGCCAGGGUGUCCUGGUUCUCUCUGCUGGAUGUGGUAUCUGUCCCUUUACCAUCACUAGCACACUUCUGAGUGUCCUCCACCCCCCACCCCCAGAUGUCCAUAUAAAUCAGUCCCUACAUCUCCAGUUCCAGGAGUGUUGGCAACUGGAAUGCAAGUGACCUCAGCCCUGGGCAAGCAGGGAUCACUGCCAGAGGCUGUGCCAAGCGUCCAAGGUCUGGUCUGGGCUCCUUGGCAGAGAAUAGUGGAAGCCUGAUCAGUGAAAUCUUCAGCUCAGUUAGUGAUGUCUAACUAACAGAUAUCCAAAGCUCUAUUAGUGAUGUCUGUCACAGGCACUGAAGUGGCAGGAGCAGCACAGGACCUGGGAAGAGUUUACUGUGUGUCUCAGCUUCCAACCUCCCUUCAGCAGCUCAGCGGCUGGGAGAGGCAGAGCUGUGCCUGGGCCUCAGUGCCCGCUGCCCUGCCCACCCCCCAGCCCUUGCCCCUCCUGAGAAGCAGCCUGAGCUCUGUGCCUCUUGUAAAGAUUGGGUUUGAUGCUCCUCCCUUAUCCUCUGCCACUGUUCCUUACCCUUCUUGCAAGUUUCCAAAGUGGGUGUUUACCCACCCAUAUGCUUAGCUCUGCUUCCUGGGAGAGGCACACAGUCUACCCCUCCUGGACUCCUGCACAGAGCGAACUCAGGCUCUUUGGAAGGUAAAAGAGUUGGUGAAUUCUUUUUCAUUCCUGGGCCCCCUAGGACUGGGGAUGGGGCAGGGGCAACACAGAGGAGCCAGGGGCAGGGUUCUCAUUCUCAAUGGCUUCCUGAGAGGUGCCAGGGAGCCCGGACUCUGCCCUUCUACUGGUCAUUCUCUCAGGCUGGAGAGGAUGAGCUCUCUCUUAACCAAUAGCUUCAAUCAGAUUCGAGUCACACAAGCCCCCAAACUAGGCUGGUCCAGAUACAGCCCAUAAUAGGCACUGGUGGCUGUUAGUAGCUGUUGGAGGUGGGUGGGAACAGAGUGGGGACACAACCUUCUUUGACCCCUGGCCCCCGGCAAGAGUCAGGAAGACCCCUUACUAUUAGACCCACACAGCCUGCCCCAUCCCAGAAGUUACACCAUCUUGGAAAAGAAAAUACAUGAUAGGACUGAGGGCUGGCUGGAUCCCCUGAACCUCCCGGUCCCUCUCUCUCAUCCACACCUCAAGGGCCCAGGCCAGACUCU